CCUUCCUUGUGUGACGCCACACACAGGCGACAGAGGAACGGCAGCCCAGUGUCAAAUAACAGAGGAAGCAGUGAAAGAAUGGCUCGUGUAAUUUACUGUAGCGUUAUGCAUUUUGCUAACUUUUUUGUCUUCGUCCUAAUCGCCGAUUUGUGUGCAGCAAGUGGUUCCCCGGAUGGAACCAAAACGGUGGAGUUUAACGUUAAACCCGGAGGUGUGCAGCACACAUUCUCUGAGACCAUUCGGGAUCACGAAUGCUCAUUCACUUAUGCCUCACAAGGGGGAACCAAUGAGCAAUGGCUCAUGAGUAUCGGCUUGAGCGAUGACGAUAAACUGUUCUCCUGCUCUAUAUGGAGGCCCCAGGGCAAGUCCUACCUGUUCUUCACCCAGUUCAAAGCCGAGCUGAAGGGAGCCAAGAUCGAAUAUGCCAACGCAUAUUCCCAGACGUCUGAGGGUGGCCAGAGGGACGUGGCUUUGAAGCCGGAGGAGUUCACCGUGGGAGACUCCACGGUGACUCACACAGACGGGAAGUUCCGGGCAGAACUCUCAAAGCUGACCAUGAUUGGCCGAACUAAACACGACGAGCUGUAGCUGUUGGAACUCUCUAAGCUGACCGUGAUUGGCCCAUCCCGACGCGAUGAGCUGUAGCGUUCAAAGCUCUAGCUCGACUCAGGUCACGCUGAGCCACCGGGACUUUUGAAUUCUUCCAGGCCUCGGCCUUCUCAUAACGGAUAGUAAAAGCAGAAUUGAUUUUGUCUCUCUUUUGAAAUGUCUUGACGGGCCAAAAGAUCUGACCGGGAUGGGUUCUUCAUGUUGUUAAUUAGUGUUGAGAAUCAGAAGGAAAUUAGUUUACCUUGGAGAUUGAAUGUUUUCACGCAAUGCACGUAACUUGCUUUAUCUUUUGGCAUGAGCGUUAGUCUUUAAAUACACAUAACAUCCUGUCUUAAGUGUUUGUUUUGCUCCGUUUUUCUUUUUCCUUCCACUGAAUCUCAAAGGUUAUAGAGUAAAUCUUUUGAUCCAUAGGGGAGACGGUAAUCGCCGCAGAGUUUGUUUUGUUUUACUUGUAGUGUACAAGGGAUUGUUCCAAUUUUGUUGUAAAUGUUAAUCUCGCAGGGGUAUUAAUCUGCAAUGUGGCCGUCAUACUCAUACUCAUCGUAUAGAACAUAGAACAUCUCUGUUCCCUGAUCCUGAUCCUUGAGCUGAAGAAUUAUGAGUCCGCUGUUGAAGAAGAGCACCAGGUUCUUCUCUCUCUCUCUCUCUCUCGCUCGCUCGCUCUCUCUCCCCCC